CCCUUUCAGAAACUGCUCGGCAAGAGAGUGUCAACAGUAUUCUAAGUUCUACUUCUACUCUUACUACCGGUGGUAUAUCUGCAUAUUCAAUAAUAUACACGUCUAUAUAGUAGAAUAGAUAUAAUAAUAAAUAUGGCCAACGGUGACCAUGAAAGGAAGAAGAUCGCCGUUAUCUGGCUAUCUGGGAUCCUCCUAGUGGCCAUGGUGGCCUCCGUGGGCGCCGGCGACCUGGAAAUGCUUUGCGGCUCAGCCCAAUACAAAGAAACCUGCAAGCACAGCCUCUCAAAAGCAAACAACGGCUCCGCCGACGUUAAAGAACUCAUCAAAACGGCUUUCCAGUCCACCGCCGAGGAGUUCAAGAGGUUCAUCGACAACUCCACCCUCUUCCAAGAGCUAGCCAAGGACAACAUGACCAAACAGGCUAUGGAGAUCUGCCACGAGGUGCUGGACUACGCCAUAGACGACGUACAGAACUCGAUCAAUCGUGUGGAUCAAUUCGAUAUAAGCAAGCUCAGAGACUACGCCUAUGACGUUAAGGUGUGGCUCGGAGGCACCAUUUCCCACCAACGCACCUGCUUGGACGGCUUCGAGAACACCACCACUCACGCCGCCGAGACGAUGGCCAAGGUCUUGAACACCUCCCUGGAGCUUAGCAUGAACGCUUUGGACAUUAUCUCUGGCCUCUCCGAGGUGGCCGAAACCUUUGGAUUCUUUGGCCUCCUCGGCGGCCAGCAGGAUCAUGGUAAUAACAACACCUCCAGUCGGAAGCUUCUCGAGAGUUCGCCGUCGUGGUUAAGUGAUAGCCAACACCGUCAUCUCCUCGCCGCGGCCGCUGCCGGUGCUGCCAACGUCAAGCCCGAUGCUGUUGUGGCUCAAGAUGGAAGUGGGCAGUUCAAAACACUCACCGACGCUAUCAAGUCUGUUCCGAAAAAUAACAUGAAACCCUAUGUGAUUCACGUGAAGGCCGGCGUAUAUAAGGAGAUUGUGAAUAUUCCCAAGCAAGCCAGUUAUAUCACUAUCGUCGGAGAUGGUCCCACAGUCACCAGAUUCACGGGCGCUCUCAGCUAUGCCGACGGCGUCCAGACUUACAACACCGCAACAUUCGGCGUGAAUGCUCCUUACUUCACGGCCAUGCACGUAGGGUUCGAGAACACGGCCGGAGCAAUUAAGCACCAAGCCGUGGCGCUCCGAGUGACGGCAGAUAAAGCCGUCUUGUUCAACUGCCACAUGGACGGGUACCAAGACACCCUCUACGCGCAGUCUCACCGCCAGUUCUAUCGCGACUGCGUCAUCUCCGGUACAAUUGAUUUCAUCUUCGGUGACGCUGAGAUGGUCUUCCAGAACUGCACACUGGUUGUAAGGCCACCUUUAAGCAACCAGAACAGCAUCGUCUCCGCCAGCGGCCGCAACGUGGCCAACAGCCCCAGCGCCAUGGUGUUCCAGAGCUGCCGCUUCACCGCGGACCCACUCUACCUCUCGGACCCGGAGAAGAAGCCGGCAUACCUAGGGCGACCAUGGAGGGCAUACGCGAAGGUGGUGACCAUGGAUUCUGAGAUCGACGGAAUCUUCGCUCCUGAAGGUUACAUGUCGUGGAUGGGAAGCAUCUAUCACUUGACCAGCAUCUUCUACGAGUAUAACAACAAGGGUCCCGGCGCCAAUGCCUCUCACAGAGUGAAAUGGCCCGGCGUGAAAGUGAUCACUGCUUCGGAAGCUGCAAAUUUCUAUCCUCGCAAGUUCUUUGAAUUCCGCAAUGCAACCACAACCGAAGACGAUUCCUGGGUCUCCACCUCUGGGGUUCCCUACUCCUUUGGCCCCAUGGCCGUUCCCAAUUGAUUAAUUUAAUUAAUCACGCUUCGCCUAAUCAUCAAAGCAAAUUAUUAGUAUAUA